AUGCAUGUCGAAAAAAAUGUGUGUGAUAGUGUAAUUGGAACGCUUCUCAACAUUCCGGGCAAAACAAAGGAUACUAAGAAUGCUCGUCUGGAUAUGGUUGAGUUGGGUAUAAGAGAGCAGUUAGCUCCGCAGUCAACAGGUAAGCGAACAUAUUUGCCUCCGGCAUGUCAUACUUUGUCAAAAAAAGAAAGAAAAAGCUUUUGUGACUGUUUACAAGGCAUAAAAGUUCCACAAGGUUACUCUUCAAAUUUCAAGAGACUUGUCUCAGUGAAAGAUUUGAAAUUAGUUGGAUUGAAGUCUCAUGAUUGUCACAUAUUGAUGCAACAAUUACUACCAGUGGCAAUUCGUGACAUAUUGCCUAAAAAAGUUAGAGAUGUCUUAACUAGGUUAUCCUUAUUCUUCAAUGCUAUUUGCAGCAAAGUCAUUGAUCCAAAUAAAUUAGAUGAGUUGGAAAAUGAGGCUGCAAUUAUCUUGUGCCAACUAGAGAUGUAUUUUCCUCCUGCUUUUUUUGACAUAAUGGUUCACUUAAUUGUUCAUUUAGUAAGGGAGAUUAGGUUGUGUGGUCCUGUUUAUUUGAGGUGGAUGUAUCCAGUUGAACGAUAUAUGAAGAUUUUAAAAGGGUAUGUGAAGAAUCUACGCCAUCCUGAAGCAUCUAUUGUUGAAAGAUAUGUCGCAGAAGAAGCUAUUGAGUUUGUCACCGACUAUAUGUCAGAAGCGAAAACAAUAGGAAUUCCUAAGUCUCGUCAUGAGGGAAGAUAUGCAGGCAAGGGUAGACAAGGUUUAAAACUAAAGAGCAAGGGGCGUGCGGAAGUACUUCAAGCACAAUUGUAUAUAUUGAAUAACACCGAUGAGGUUAUGCCUUACCUUUCUGCUCAUAAAGCCAUUGUCAAGGGAAAAAAUUCUAGAGUGAGUGAAAAAUGGUUGAUGAAAGAGCAUAACAAGACUUUUUUAAAGUGGUUUAAAGAAACCAUUUUAAAUGACAAUUCAGCUUCUGAUACAUUAAUAUGGCUAUCAAGGGAGCCUAACUUUGAUGUCAUAACUUGGUCUGGUUACGAUAUCAAUAAUUUUGCAUUUUCUACAAAGACCCAGGAUGACAAAAGCACCGUACAAAAUAGUGGGGUUAUGGUCGUAGCUGAGUCCAUGCACUUUUCUAGUUCAAAAGAUAAAAAUCCAGUUAUUGCAUCCAUACCUUAUUUUGGAAUCAUUGAAGAGAUUUGGGAAGUUGAUUUCAUGAAAUUUAAAGUGCCUGUUUUUAAAUGUAAAUGGAUUGAAAUAAACAGUGGUGUUACAACUGAUGAAUUUGGUUUUACAUUGGUGGAUCUUGAAAAGGAAGCUUAUACGGAUGAGCCAUUUAUUAUGGCAUCUCAAGCAAAACAAGUAUUUUAUGUCUCUGAUCCUUCUAACGAAAAAUGGUCAGUGGUUCUUCAAGGUAAAAAUAUGCAUGAGCCUAAUGAGAGUCUAGAUUCAACACUAGAUAUUUCUGAGAGUCCUUUUUCUCAAAGGAUACCUACAUCCAUUGAGGAAACUAUAGCGGACGACGUGUAUGCCACUCGUCAUGAUCAUGAAGAAGGGAUAUGGGAAAAAGCUUAG